CAGAGAUCGAUGCUCUUGCUUCGUCACAACAGCAAUGGAUGACAACGGAUAAGAACGAAAUCCAUGGCAGUCUCUUCCUAUAAAUCCACAUCUUCAUCUCGCUCUCCCAAGUCUCUUCUUCAAAUGUUAUACUGAGCUAGCUAGGUCAAUACUAAAACAUUCAGCUAGCUGCGCCUAAACAUGGAGGUGUUGCAUUUCUUGUUUGGCAUCUUCGGUAACGCCGCUGCCCUCUUCCUGUUCUUGGCGCCGGUCGUCACUUUUCGAAGAAUCAUCAAGAAAAGAUCGACCGAGGAUUUCUCAGGAGUACCUUACACCAUGACCCUUCUCAACUGCCUCCUCUCCGCUUGGUACGGAUUGCCGUUCGUGUCGCCGAACAACAUCCUGGUGUCGACGGUGAACGGCGCUGGCACGGCCGUGGAAUCAAUCUACGUGGUGAUCUUCCUGGUGUAUGCUUCCAAGAAAGGGAAGGCCAAAAUGCUGGGGCUCUUGGCCCUCGUCCUCUUCAUCUUCGGGGGCGUCGCCCUCAUCUCCCUCCUCGCCCUCCACGGCCAGCGCCGGAAGGUUUUCUGCGGCUUCGCCGCUGCCAUCUUCUCCAUCUGCAUGUACGCCUCGCCUCUGUCCAUCAUGAGGUUGGUGAUCAAAACCAAGAGCGUAGAGUACAUGCCGUUUCUGCUCUCCUUGUUUGUGUUCUUGUGCGGCACGUCGUGGUUCGUCUACGGCUUGCUCGGCCGUGAUCCUUUCGUCGCGGUGCCAAACGGGUGUGGGAGCGUGCUCGGAGCCAUGCAGCUGAUAUUGUAUGCAAUUUAUAGGAACGAGAAGGGCACCGCCGGCAGUGAUGGCAGUGCCGCCGCAGUCAGUGGAGCAAAGUCGUCGAUGGAGAUGAACGGGAAGCCCACGAAGAGUGGCUCUCAGUUACACCACCCAGUAGCAGAGAUGGUGUAGUCUUUAGUUAGCUUGCAGUGAGGAAAUUAAGGAUCGGAAGCUGGUAACCUCGCAGUCUUUGAUUUGCGAUCUUUAAGUAGAUAUCUUGUGUUUUCCGUUUCACGGGAACUAAUUCAGUUGUUAAUUCUCUCUGUGUUAAUUAUAUUGUAGUUGAGUCUUCAGGUUUAACUAAGCUGCUGCAAGUUAAUGCGGGAGAAUGUUAGUUUAUGUUUUA